AUGGCUAGUGAUCAAGAAAACUCACAAGAUGCAAAUGCUCCUGAUGAUACUUCAGAAAAAGAAAUUACACGAGGCAUCACUAUUAUGAAGAGUAUCAUUCGUGAUAGAGAUAAAGCAGUAACAUAUAAUGUAAAUUGGAAUGCUGAUAACCAACUAAUUGGGUCUAAUGCUGCAAAGUUGGCAAGCUACAUUGGUACACUUGUUCGUAUGCACAUUCCAAUCACUGCUACAAGAUGGAGUAAUAAAGAGUUGGGUAGCGCUAAAGAUAAGAUUUGGACUGAGAUACUGAGGUCUUUUAACAUUGAAGAUACAACUAUCCGAAAAAAGUAUAUACUUCAAUUGGCCGGAAAAAGACACAGAGGGUGGAGAACGUUUUUAACAAACAAGUAUCUUAAGGACAAAGAAAAAAAUUUUGUUGAAUAUGAUCCGGAAUAUCCAGUGAAGUAUGCGAUCUUCAUUACAGAAGAAGAAUGGGUUGCUUUUGUAGCCCAAAGAAGAGACGAAAAUUUCAAGAAAGUGAGUGCCACAAAUCGCGAGAGAGCGUCAAAUCCCACGUAUGCAUACAAAAAAGGGCGUUUGGGAUAUGCACGCUUAGAGGAAAAAAUUUUAGACGAGACGAAAAGUGACGCAACAUCACUUCCGCCAUAUGUUUUGUGGAAAGAAGCUCGUGUGGGAAAGGAUGGAACUGUUAGGGAUGACGUUCAACAUAUUUAUGAUGAAUGUGAGACCCUAUCUCAAUCGAUAAGCACAGCUGAGGACCAGGAGAACAGGAGCGUACUUAGUAGAGCACUAAAUGUUCCUGAGUAUCCCGGUCGGGUGAGGGGUAAAGGGCAUGGUUGUACUCCAACUUCCUUGUAUAAGAAUCCAAGGAGAAGAAAUCCUAGCAAUCAAGAAGUGAUGGAGACGUUGCAGGCAUUACAAGCGCAAGUUCUUCAAUUGCAAAAGGAUAAUGAGAGAUAUAGGUGUAUGGAAAAGUGCAGUUCACAGUUGAAAGAAACUAGUGAGAAAGCCAGUAUCAAUUGUCAAAAUAAAUUUCCCGAGGGCAUUUCAUCUUGUCAGCUAUACUUAUCGUCACCGACUUAUCGCCUAGUUGGCAAGGGAAAAGUGCACAACACUUCGGGAGAUUUACUUCACCAUAGACCGCUCCCGGAUGGACACCUUAAAGUAUCGGUUGAUGUUGUAUUAGAUAAGGAUGCGUUGCUACCGAUACCUGACAUUGUUUCAGAGACAACAUUGCUGCGAGAUGCAAUAGGAUCAUUUGUUGCAUGGCCCUUGGAUCUCAUUUUCAUUGAUGAUGAGGUAUUUGCUCAAGGGUCACAACAACUGAGCCAGAAAAUUGGUAGUCGACAGAAAAACAAAAGGGAUCUUCCAGUGACUUAUUUGCCAAAAAAAGGUGCUUUUGUGCCUCGAUACCAGAUAUCUCUUGAAACACUUGUUGACUCAUCAGAUAUGGCAACAGCUGGUGCUAUUCGCUUACUGGAUAUGGAGGAAGAUAUCUUUGGUUAUUCAUGCACUGAAACAAUCGGAAAAGAAGAUCUGGAACAUAUUUUUCGGCAUCAAGAAUUAGGCGUCGGUGUUAUACACACAUACAUCCGGUUCUUGUAUGACAAUUUCAUGCGCGGGAAUGAUCAAUUGUCAAACAGAUUCCGUUUCGUGUCUUCCUCCCUGGUCAACAAAGCAUUAAUUUGUAGGGAACCGGAUUCAUGUAGAGAGUACUUAGUCAAGAGAUUCAUGGCCAGCAGUACAAACAACUUGUAUCUUUGGCCGUAUAAUUCAGGGUGUCACUGGUUGUUGCUUGCUAUUGAUCCUUUAAAAGAAGUGGUAUAUUUUCUGAAUUCGAUAGAUGGUGAAUGGACAAAUUAUCCGGAUAUGAAGCAAUUAGUUGAUACAUCAAUAAAAGUGUUCCGAUCUCAAAGACAAGCUCGAGUACCACGUACUAAAUCCAGCAACAUUACGUGGAUAAAAGUGCAGGUACUUUAAUUUUCACAAUUUUGCUUAUAAUAGUGAUGCUACUUGAUAAGAAAAGAUAACUAUACAUUCUUAUUUUUUUUUCUAUGUAGUGUCCUCUACAGCGCAACGGUAUCGAUUGCGGAUACUUUGUAAUGAGGUUUAUGAGGGAAAUCAUUAAUAUGAAUCAAAUAGAGAUUCCAAUCACGGUAUGGA